AACAACAACAGCAACAACAGCAGCAACAACAACAACAACAGCAGCAGCAAAAUCAACAGAAAAUGAAGAAGGGCCAGUUUGAUGAGCAGUCAGAGGAACCCGAGCUGAUGUUGUUCAACUUCCAGGCAGCUCAAGAUGCUAUGAUGAAAAAUUCAAAUUCACCAUCAACUCAGUUAUCUGGCGUGUUCAACUCCAAUGUGUAUGGACCACCAUCCAAUGCUAUCGGGGGAACUCCUAUGAGUACCUCAGCCCUCCAACAGAGGGGGCUGCCAACAAGUGGGUUCAAUGCCCGGAAUGCCACGCCCACAAGUAUAGGUGGCACUAGUUUCCCUAUGUCUCAACAGCAACAGCAGUCUCCAAAUAGGAAUGCUUUCUCUGCUAUUGGAAGUCAAAGAACAAAUGUUUUGAAUCAGUUGGCAAGCAGCCAAGCCUCUAGCCUACAAAAAAGACUUGCCGCAACAAACACCUCAGCUGCAGCUUUUCUCACUGGUGGUGUGACUUCCACAGCCCCAAGUAAUGUCUUCUCCGGCUUCGGUCGUCCAGGGGACCCCCAGCAAGCCAGUUUAGACCUCUCAGAAUUCCCGACUCUGGGUAAUAGGUCCAUGCCAGCUAAUGCUGCACUCGGCAACAGCCUAGCCAGGAACUAUGUCGAUAUGGUUGGCAAGCCACAGCUGGGAGAAGAUAAAUUUGGCAUGGUGAGCAAGCCUCAGCAAGAGAGAGAUGAAUUUACAAUACAGCAGGAAGACUUCCCAGCGCUACCUGGCUCUCAGAAUCCACCCAAGCCCUCUUCUGGUGAUGGUAUUAACUCUAUAAGUCCAAAUCCGUCAUCCUAUGAGCAAGUCCUGUCGAAAGAUGGAAAGUUUCCAGACAAGGCAUCCAAGAGAGGAAUACAGACACAUGCAGAUGGGACAGUGUCAAACAUUCCAAUGGGGAUGGUAAAUGACCAGUUUGGUAUGGUUGGUCUGUUAACAUUCAUCAGAGCUGCUGAGACAGACCCUAAUCUUGUAGCCCUGGCACCUGGCAUUGACCUUACUACUCUAGGGCUAAAUCUCAACUCACCUGAGAAUCUGUACAGCACGUUCCAGUCUCCCUGGGCAGACAGCCCAUGUAGGCCACAGGACAUUGACUUCCACGUACACUCAGAAUAUCUCACAAAUAUAUUCAUCAGAGAAAAGUUAGCCCCUAUAAAGUUGAAUAGGUAUGGAGAAGACCUGUUGUUCUUCCUGUUCUAUAUGAACAAUGGUGAUGUAUUACAGCUGGCAGCUGCUGUAGAAUUGUAUAACAGAGACUGGCGCUACCACAAAGAAGACAGAGUAUGGAUCACAAGGGCACCAGGCAUGGACCCAAGCAUUAAAACAAACUCUUACGAAAAGGGCACAUAUUAUUUCUGGGACGCUCCAAGUUGGCGUAAAGUAGCUAAGGAGUUCUUAUUGGAAUAUGAUAAACUUGAAGAUAGACCUCAUCUCCCACAUACUCUCCAUCACAAUCCAAAUCAGCCCUCAGCGAUGGUACAUUAAUCAGCCCUCUGAGCCCUUGUACAUUGAUAAGCCCUCUGAGCCCAAGUACAUUGAUAAGCCCUCACUCGUGAUGCAUUGAUAUUGAGAUACACGGAGCAUCAUAAGAAUUUUUGACUCCGUGGUAAAUAAUUGAUCAGUUGGCGUGUUAAUAUCAUAUCCAUGCUGGAAAUAUCAACUGGCUCGGAUCUGAACUGUCCGACUCUGAGCCUUGUAUCACACGGACUUUCUGAAGAGUUCACACAAUUCAUUUAAUUCCUGACCUAACACAUGAAAAGCUGAGAUAUUACAAAGUACAGUGUAAAAGUCUGUGUCAACUUGAAGAAUAUUCAGAUACGAGGUGCUUAGAAUAUUUUCAACAUCAAAAUUCAACAAUCAAUAAGACUUCAACUUAACAGUACUGUACAUGCAUU